AUGGACCUGAGAUUUCUGCAUCACUUUCUCACAAUCGCAUAUCCACACCUGCCGGCAGGCAAUGACUCGAUAUGGCAGCAUGAGAUCCCGCAGAUUGCUGAGACACGGCCUUACCUCAUGCACGCCCUUCUUGGCUUGGGAGGCAGUCAUCUGGCGAUGAUGAGCAUCACACCUGUGAAGAUACUGACCACACCUGAAGCGUCUCUGGCCACAUCCACUAAGGCUGCUGUGACAUCGAGUCUCUCCAACAUCGAUCUUGACAAGCCUUCGUCGUCCGACAUGGCAAACCGCGCCUUGCAUCAUCGCUCGAUAGCCCUCUCAGGUUUGAACCAUGCCAUCACCACCAAUGACUGGUCGCAAGCCUCUGUUGACGCCAUGCUGGCCACGACCUAUGCACUGACGUUUCAAGCCACCUAUCUGAGCGACGACGGUAUGAUCGACUUCAUGACCAUGGUCAGGGGCUGUGCCUUGAUCACUAGCAAGAUCGAGGAGAACCGCGCCAAAAGCACCUUCGCUCUGGAUCCACUGGCACACAUCAACAUGCUACAAGAAAAGCUUGGCGACAGCACUGAUAUAGAUCUGGGAAUAGAUCUUGUACUAGGCCGGACACGCGCGAUUCGGACGUGGCUCGCUGAGGGCUUGAGAUUAUUAAAGGACGUCCAUGAGCUCUGCAGCUAUAGCAGCCAAACAGAAAGCGUCGUGCUCAAGCGCAAUCUGGACGCACUAAUCCAUGCCCUCGAAGGGCUUGAAAUUGGUCCGCUGGAGGCAUGGAAGCGAUAUGCGGAGAUCUACACCGUAUGGUGGAUUUGUGACGGUGCCGAGUUCGAUGUGCUAACCAGUUUCCGCAGCCGGCGCCAAAUGCCAGCCAACGACACGACAACGAAUGUCAUCCAGGACGUUGCAAGGUCGCUACCAGCACUUCUCGGGCUCACUUUCCUUGCGCUGGAUCUGCUUCUCACCCCAAUAUUCGCCACCAUCUAUCUGAACCGCCGCAGCGCGAAGGAAGCGCUCGAUCGCCGCUCCCUAGUUGGUAUUGGUUGGAUGCGCCGACUGCGAAGUAUCAUCGAGGCAGGGCUGGCAGCACAUGGGGAGGGAAUGGUCAUGAUGGAGAAGAAUGGCAUCAGUCUGGGCGGCGGCGAAGACAGGGAAGGCAUAUUCUGGGAUGGACAGAGUAGAUUAGCGGAGAAGAUCAGGACGGCGGAGGGUCUUGAGGGGCUAGGCAGGGCGAGGGGCGUAGUGAGGUGGGCGAUGGAGCUGGCAGACGCCGUCGAGAGUCGGAUCUUGGCGCGAUUGCCGGAGUGA